UUGGCUUUUUUCCACACUGCUCAACCUCCGAGGCCAAAACCAAGUGCUCCAAAGAGUAAUCCAAGUCCAGCAACUGCUAUUAGUCACAUUGGAACAGAACUACUUUGUUCUUCUUCUUGA